AUGCCGCUCUUACUCGCGCCAUACAAUGAUGCCAUGCGUCUGCCCGUUGAACGGGUGUCUGAUAUUGUCGACACGAUGGAUACUUCACGCGCUGAUACCAUCAAGACCGGCAGGAUGGAAGUCCACGGACACGCUAACACACUUGAUCAAGCCAGGAUCGACGAUGCCGACAUCAGCUUGAUGAUAUCAGUACAAGUAACCAAACAAACUGUCAGUCUCAAUAACUUGGUGAGAUUCCUCCCAAUCGAUGGCUUAGAGGUUGGAUCGCCCCAAUUCAAUGAGGUCUUUGGAGAUUCCUACAUUUCUGGUGAAGUCGAUAAGCCUAAGGCUAUUUCGCUUCAGCUCCAUACUCUCCUGGCCGUUCGCACCGCGCUCGAUAACGAGGUUAACAAAAUAGUUGCAGUGGUGAACACUUUAGCACGACAGCCAGAGCUUCUACCCGAGGUCGACUACUUCAACACAAAUUGCAAGGACGAACUCGUGCAAGGGAUUAUCGAGGAAGCGCUUUCGGAGUCCUGUACAUCUGUCUCACAAGAAGAACCCCCAGCGCAAGACGAUUUUCCCCUGCCUUAUGUUUCAGACUACUCGCCGAGCGAGACGAGUAGCGGAGUUGAGGAGAUCCAUACCCCUCAAACAUCUGAUCUGGACUCUACUAGCCUCAGUGGGAGAUCUCUUGUGUUGCUCAACGGACCUGGGCCAUCCACUGAUCUGAAGCUAGACUUGCUGGUCCCGCCUGAAGUUUGGGCGGAGUUGCUACCUGUGAAGACUGGACGCUCGACCAGCCUCAUCAGCAAGCAAGCCAAGACCGUUCCAGCGACCGAUGAAAAGUAUAAAAAGCUUGAGUUUCUUGCUGCUGUAUGUGGAAUCCACGAUGUUACAGCAACACUCCAGCAAUGGGUGAGUCCUGGCCAAACUGGAGAUCGGCUGGUCAUCCCUGUCGAAGAUAUCAGUACGCUUGAAGAUGACGAUUCCUAUGGAAGCUUAAGACUUGGAAAUAUGAUCAACCUAUGUUUCAUCUACAGGUAUAAUGAUGGACCUAUGCGCAUUUGCUUAUUUAACCAUGAUGAGGAGUCAACUGAAGUAUUGGAGAUCACUCACGAGUCUCACUGCCAGAGAGUCGAAUUUGUUGGAGAUCGGGGCCGUGGCUGGUCAAUACUGAGUGUAAUCCAUGGCGGUAAGAUCUAUAACUCCCGUGAAGAUCUACAACGGUGCAUAAGCAAUGCUGAUUACGUGGGAGAAGGGGACUGGCCUUACAUCCACUUUAACAGUUACACCGUUAGGGAUGAGCAUUUGGGUAAAGAUGGCAUGACGGGUGUUGUCUUUUAUACAUUUGCAGAACCUCAGGGCAUUCAGUGCGCUGUUUCCAUGGGCACCACUGGAUGCCUAUUGACUGUUCAACGACAACUUGCCAAUUUCACCCAACAGACGGCCAGGGAGAUUGCAUUCGAAGCCACUGGGGAGAAUUACAAGAAAGCCAAACAAUAUCAGAUCACUCUGCACAAAGAUAUUGAGUCGCCAGGCUACUCUUGCAAUUUUGAGCGUGGUACCCUUAAGGUCAGGCCCUCUGAGUCGGCCUUUCUGCAGUUUGAGAAUGGCGUCAAGUUUGUUUUAAAGAACAACGGUAGAUUUGAAGUACUUGACGAACAGGAUGAGGUCUUCUGGUCCAGCGAGGAAGCACCUGAGGGUCAGUCCCCUCGGCUUUUGGAGUUCUGCAGAGACGGUAUAUUGCGCCUUUGGAACACCGAGGGACAGAUCUACUGCGAUACUAUUCAAGUCCCCAUUCGCAUAUGGAUACGUAAUUGCAAAAAGAGCCGAUUAAUAGGCAGAUAA